CGCAUCCUCUAAUUUUGUAGGUUGACCUCAAGCCUCAUGUACAUACUUCUUUGAGCAGCUGAUAGAUCAUUUUACUUCUUCAAGAGUAUGGCGUCUGGAGCUUUGUCCCUUAUCGCAACACAUGUCAUUUGACUUCGCCUGUCGGACUCUGUCCCAUUUUCCGGAUAAGAACUCGCCAGCCUCUCCAGUCAACAUAGGUCUUCUUCCCAAGGAACCAACGUUACCAGAAUGACUUUCAAAAGACUCCUUCAAUUUGCAAUCAGCGCGGUUUCUGUUAAAGCCGUAUUCGCGCAUCAAGUCCCUUUAGGCGACGCCAUCGAACAGCCUGAGACGUGGUUGUCAAAGUAUGGUCCCCAGAUUGACCAACCUUUCUCUGGACCAUUAUCAUUUUCUCACAUGACUUAUUCCCGUUGCCUGGAAGAUGAAUCCGCCCAGUUUGAUAUAGCAGUUCUCGGUAUACCUUUUGAUACGGGCACAUCCUAUCGUCCUGGUGCUCGCUUCGGACCCUAUGCGAUUCGUUCAGGCAGCAGAAGACAGAGGGAGGCUCGCGGAUAUAGCUUGGCUUGGGGUAAUAACCCGUACGAGCAAGGAUCAAAAAUAAUUGAUUGUGGCGACGUUCCUGUCAUUCCAUUCGACAAUGUUCUUGCCAUGGACCAGAUGGAAGUCGCGUAUUCCACUUUGUUAAAUCGUCCUAUUGCCUCCAAUCAGUCUGUUUGGGCGAAUGGUGCUCAACUCGCGAAGGACGGACGUGAGCGCCCUAGGAUCGUCAGCCUUGGAGGUGAUCACACAAUCGUGCUCCCAAUUCUUCGUGCUCUCAACAAGGUAUAUGGACCGGUUUCGGUUAUUCACUUCGACGCGCACCUUGACACCUGGGAUGGAUAUCCGGGAACGGUGUCUGACCAGUCUCGCGUCACCCACGGAACCUUCUUUUAUGUAGCUAACGAGGAAGGCUUGGUUUCGAAUUCGAGCAUCCAUGCUGGUAUCCGAUGCAAAUUAGCGGGACUGGGAGACAUUGAAAAUGAUGAAUCUGUCGGAUUCCACUUCAUUACAAGCGAUGACAUCGACGAUCACGGGGUUCCUGCGAUCAUCAAGCGCAUACGGGAGCGUGUUGGUGACACACCUGUCUACUUGAGUCUUGAUAUUGAUGUUAUUGAUCCUGGUCUUGCACCUGCUACGGGAACUCCCGAGGCGGGAGGCUGGACAAGUAGGGAGGUCAAACGAAUCAUCCGUGGCCUAGCCGGAUUGAACUUUGUUGGCGCCGACGUAGUGGAAGUUGCUCCUGUAUAUGAUCAUGGCAUGUUUGACAACAGCCGGCUGUUUGUGACUGGGACUGAGACAUUUUUUACAGCCGAAAUCACAGGCACGGCGGCGGCCGACCUUGUCCACGAUUUUAUAUCGAUGUUCAUGUCUCAAUCGCCUCCCACACCACACGCACUUCCGGGUUCUUGGCCUCGAGAAGAACUUUGACGGUCUUCUAACUUUCCAAACUAUCUUUGUCUGUUCCCUAUAUCACCACGUGCUGAUCAAGUGCCGAGCAGAUAACACAUAAAUACUUUCGAAGUACGUAACAGUACAU